GUGAUCGUGCACCCCAUCGUCGUCUUCGGCAUCCUGGACCACUACAUCCGGCGGCAGGAGGGCCAGGAGCGCGUCAUCGGCACGCUUCUGGGCCACCUCGACGAGGAGACGGGCGUCGUCGAGGUGAGCAACGCCUACGCCGUGCCGCACACGGAGUCCGGCGGCGAGGUCGCCGUGGGCCAGGCCUUCAACAAGUCCAUGUUCGGCCUCCUGAGCCGCGUGAACUCCGAGGAGCGCGUCGUGGGAUGGUACGCGACCGGCGGCGGCGGCGCGGUCCAGGACGACGGCACGGCGCUGAUCCACGACUUCUACUCGCGCGAGUGCGCGGCGCCCGUGCACGUCGUCGUCGACGCGUCGCUCCGGGACGGCAAGGGCGUCGAGACGGCCGCGUACCACCGGGGGCCGCCGGGCGCCGACGGCGCCGCGGCGGCGUUCGCGCCCGUGCCGUCGUCGCUGACCUUCAGCGACGGCGAGAAGGUCUGCAUCGACCGCAUGAUCCGCGGCCAGGGCGACGAGCCCUUCGCGACCGCCGAGUCCCUCGCGGAGCUCCCGUCCGACGCGGACGACGUCCGCGACGACUUCCAGGGCCUGCUGGGCCAGAUCGACGAGAUCCUCGCGUACGCGAAGAAGUGCAAAUCCGGCGAGGUCACGCCGGACCCGGCCGUGGCGAGGUGUAUCGGCGAGGCCCUCGCGGCCCUGCCCAAGAUCGAGCCCGGCGUGCUCGACGGGUCCAAGAACGUCGACGCGCAGGACAUCGUCAUGGUCUCCUACCUCGCGAGCAUCACCAAGGCCCAGCUCGCCAUCGCCGCCAAGAUC